CGCGGACCGGUUCAGGCCGCUUGUUUCUUGCUGUUAUACAAGGGACAAGUACAAAAUUUGCACUGACGCCAUUUGUCUGACGUUUUGAAGUGGAAUUUUUUUUGGCGCUGAUAUGUUAUACUACAAUAAUAACUAUUUACCUGUUUCAUUUAAUUACUUAUAACGUAUAAAUAUUGUCAUAAUUGUACCGUUGUAUUGUUGUAAUAAUAUAUAGGUUCAUAUUGUUGUAGUUAGGAGAUAAGGAACAUUUUACUUCAUCACAUUUACUCAUAGUGGCAGUUAAUACAUUUUUUUCGAUAUCUAUGGCAACGUAAGUGUUGAUAUUUGUUUUUUUAGCGAUUGUGCGUGUGUUCGUGUGCGGUUCAAUGCAUUUUUUUGAUGUUCCAUUUUCUUCAGAGGUGAUCCACGCAAGUAAUUCCAGUUUUUUGUCGUUUCUUUCAUAUAUAAGCAAUGAACUGUUAACAGCUUCAUCUGGCCACGUCUUGUCCAUGCUAAUUCCACUUGAGUAGGAUCUGCACAGACACGGCCGCUGAGGGAACCCUCUCCCUUCGGUUAGACCCAGUGGACCCCCAGACAGACGGCCCCCGUGUACAGUGAGGAUGUUGCAUUCGCGAGCGGCAGAGUUCAACAUAAGACCCUGUGUAAUCCGACCGGCUUUGUAAGGACAGCGUCUGCAGCGCUCCUUGUGUGUUUUUGGGAAACUAUCCGCGGAGGCGUAAGAAGUCCAGGACGCUGUAACAUCCGUAAACCUUGCCGUUUCACUCUUCGCUGCAAAGAUCCAGCGGCCUUUGUGCGCGUUCACCCGGAGACACAUUGCCGACACCGUCCUUGCGAUAAAGGGUGGGCACAAUGCGUCGCUUCUAACACCAUGGCAGUCAGCUGGCUCUGUGGGGCCCUGUUUGUGGUGCUCCUCGCGCCCACUUGGGCUGACAAGGACUGGACCAACUGCCCACAGUUCUGCAGGUGCAAAUGGGUGUCCGGUCGCAAAGCUGCUGAAUGCACAAACUCCAGUCUGACGGCUGUGCCUGAGCAACUGAGCCCCGAGAUACAGAUCUUGGACCUCACUGGCAGCGCUCUUCAUGUGCUCCCCAAGGAAGCGUUCCUCUCAGCAAGGCUCGUCAAUCUACACAAGCUGUUCCUGCGGGACUGUGGCAUUCAGGACGUGCACAAGGAAGCUUUUCGGGGCCUCGCCAUUCUUAUCGAAUUGGACUUAUCUGGGAAUCAAAUCCAUACUUUGCACCCAGGCAUAUUCCGUGACAAUGUCCGCCUCAGGACCCUGUCCCUCAGCCGCAACCCAAUCCAGAAGCUGGAAGAUGGCCUGUUCAGCAAUAUGACGUUUCUGUUCACUGUAGAUUUGAGCGGAUGUCAGCUGUCACACAUUGGGCGGAAAACAUUUGUAAACACACCAGUUCUCAAAUCUCUGGUUUUGGAAGGAAAUAACUUGACAACAAUAAAAGUCCAGACUUUGGAUCAUCUAUAUAUGCUUGCGGGUCUCGUUCUUCACAAUAAUCCGUGGAUAUGUGACUGCCAUCUGAAGGAGUUUCGAGACUGGACGAUAUCACGCAAUUUAUAUGCCAAACCAACUGUGUGUGUUGAGCCGCCUGUACUUAACGGCAAAUAUUGGAGUGACUUGAAUUCUGAUGACUUUGCCUGCAAACCUCAAAUAGUGUACCCACCUUUCGGCACAACCAUUGAAGUUGAUGGUGGAAAUGUGACUCUGACAUGCCAGGUUCAGGGAAAUCCCAUGCCUGAUGUCCACUGGGUGUUCAGCUCCAGAAUAAUUGGCAACUACUCGAGGAGGACGUAUGGGGACCAGAGGUACGUGGUGACCGAAAGCAGUGAUAAGACUCGCUGGGUCAACCUCACAGUGACAAAUGUCCGCAACCAGGAUCGCGGUGACUACACAUGCGUUGCAAAAAGUGGUGGUGGUGUUGAUGAGAGAAACAUAUCUCUUGUGGUGCAUUAUCAGCAGGGUGCUGUUGGGACAGCAGGGGAUAGAGGGGCAUUGUCAGGCACGUGGCUGCUGAUUGUUGGGCUGGUGGCAGGGGUUCUGUUCACCGCUGCUGCCAUAGUGUUGUUAUGUUACUGUUGUUACUUCAGGCAUCACAACAGCAACAACAAGAACUCUGAUACCAAAAAGGCUCCCAGUGAUGUUAUAUUGUCUUCUAAUGGUGACAUCAGCGGUUAUGCUGGGAACAGUGAGCAGGAGAAGAGCUUGCUGACAAAGGUCAACCCUGUGCAGAAGCCUCCCCGGAGACAUGAGAGGCCAUCUGUAACCAGCUCUGGGACAGAGCUCGCAGACAUGAAAUGCAACCUGCUUGACAACGGUUCCGUGUUACAUGGAGGCAGUAGUGUGGGUGGCAGUGAAGACCGCUCAGUAGACUCGAUGGACACGGCCCCACAGCAGCAGUCUCAGGAAGGGAUUGAAAGUGACGCAGGACUCUUGGAGAAUGUGCACACAUACCCUCCCGACCUUUUGUCAUUCCCUGCCCGAGCAAGUCAAGUGUCUCCUGCUGGAAGCACAGCCUCCACAGCCCCGGACAGCACCCGUCUCCCAGCCCAGCAUGGGCCGCAGUCCCCAAUCCACAGCCCAGUUUAUGUCCCGCUCCCUGGCAUGUCUGGCACUUUGCCCUACUCCCGUUCCCAAUCCCCGUUCUCCCCUGUGGUCCUCCCUCGCCAAGGUUACGUCACCAUCCCACGACGCCCCCGAGUUCCUUCUUGGAGCAGUGCUCCAACUCCAGAGCAGGGUGAUCCACUGUUCAAAUUUGAACCAGUGUAUGAUAACCUGGGCCCAAGAACCACAGCAGAUGGGAGCUCGGUCCUCUCGCUGAACAAGAGCCCAGGUGCUGACCCUACGAAUCAGCAGCCGUCUUCCAUCCGUAGUCGCCCCCUACCUCCAACACCUAAUUACCACAAUAUCGCCCUGCCGGCCUAUUAUGCACCUAUUGAGGAACUAGAGGGUCAACCGUCCCCUGCAUUAACCAGAGCAAAUCCAGGUACACGGGGUAGUAUGAGGAGGAGUACGCCCAACAUCAGUGUGACACCCAGUGCAAACCCUGCCCCACAAGUUGCAGCAGCCAACAAAUCUUCAAAACCAGAUAAGAUGAGUAAUCCCACCUCAGGAAGGCAGAGGGACAGUUGGGCAGGCAGAAGUGCACCAGAGGGCGCAAAUCUGAAACGACGUGAAGAGGAGCCAGGGACUACCAGUAAGAGAAACUCUUUUGUGGGCUCUCCAUCAGGCAGUUUGCUGCCUAAUGGACACAGUAGGGAGGUCAAAGUUCCUCCAAAACCACCACCAAAGCCAAAAAAGAAGAACACAGAAUCCGUGACAGGACCUUUAUUUGAGGACGAAGGUGAAGAUGGCACUGAAGUGUGAGCUCAAUGUGAGAGAUUCCAGUGCAUGGUGCUGUAGAGAGGACCAAUCAUAAAAAGAGCAGGAAAAGUUGUUAAAAUGAUGCUAAUGGUAGGUUUUACGACAGGGUAACAAAGAUACAAAUUGUAUAUAAGUUUGCCUAUUUAAAAUUUAACGAAAUCUCAAUUACAAUUUAGACAGUGGUGCAGGAACUGAUGGAAGUGUCCAAGUCUGGCACCUGCCACUAAUAAUCAGUGCCUUGAAUCUGUAGAAUGCAGCUGUUAGCAUGUGGAUAUCCUAGCUGAUUUGUGGGUGUUUGUGUGUGAGUGAGUGAGUGAGAGAGAGAGAUGGGGAGAGAGACUGCAUGUGCAUACAAUUUCUUGAGAUAUUAUAUGUACUUGACAAGGUAGAGAGCAUUUUACAUUAGGGCAGGCCCACUUUUUCUUUUAAUGUGGACCAAAUUGUUGUAAUCCAGCUGUUUCCACUUGUUCCUUCCUUUCAUUUCAAGGCUUUGUGAGACUCAUUUUAGUGAGGAUUUCUGGAAGAAUGUUACACAGUUGCUUAAAUGAGGAAGGGGUUUGGUGUGUAGAAAUUAAGACAAGAUGUUAAUGAUGUGUUGUUUGUUAAAACUUCCUCAUCCUUUUUGCAAUCUUAACUCUGCAAGCAACAGAUUAGUUUGUGUGAAAAUUUUAAGAAAGAAACACUUUCAUACGGGAAAAUACAAAUUCCUCUCAUCUUAUUCCUAUGCAUUAACUACCAGAAGAAUUUCCAAAGCCUGUGAAGAUACAGCAGUGACCAUGCAAUCAUAAUGGGACAGUAAAUUUGUAUAUUUUGUGGUGGAUGUCUUCUGACAGUUGACCUAUACAGGAAAAUUACUAUGUUUGAAGCCUUCCAGCAGAGAUAGGAAAGGGUUAAACUCGUGAAACUUUGAUUUCUUCAUCAAUUUGUCACAGUAACAUUACGUAUCUGAUUAGCGAUGACCAAUGCUUUGUUCACUCUGUUUUAGACAAAUAUGUAACAUAUAUUCCUUUUGUGAUGGAAAAUGCUGGAGAGUAUUGUGUGCCUAAUUUAAAAACAAAAAUGAUAGUUCCUUUUACCUUAAUGACCAGUUUGUAUUCUGUGCUCAGUAGCUGUAUUUUAAGUUCCUUGGAUUUUAACAGCUGUGACUGUGAAGAGUACAGUUGUCAGUAGUUCAGAGAAAGAUGUUGCAGCGGAACACAUCUCCUUUCACCUUCAGGGCUGAAGAUUAAACCAAGCAAGAAGCUUGCUGUGUGCUUCUGAUUUUUUUGCUGGGUUUAUUCAUAUAUCCUGAAGAUAGAGACAGUAUGUUCCUCAGAAACAUCUCAGGCUUUCUUUGAAGUACACAGCAUUGUAACCCAGAAGACUGUCCUCUUCGUUAUUUAAAUUAUCAAAAGCAUAUGCCUGAUACAAAUAACCUCAGAAAUAUUAUACUGCAGCAUCCUGUUGCACUGUGUGCUCUUUGUGCUCACACUCCUUGCUGUCUUUGUGCAACCUCAUUGAUAUAUUAAUGUUCACACAUCUUUGUUUCUUUAUUAUAUAACACUACAUGCUUUGGCCCAACUGGCCGUCAUCAGAUGUAUUGCUGUUCAGGUUUUCUUUUCAUUUUCGAUGUAAAUGCUUGAGAAUAUUCUAGGUUAUCAUGCUGUUGUUAUGCAUGUAUCUGGUGUAUGUGAUAAUAUGUAAUGAGUUAUAUAAUAUCAAGUUGCUUGGUUUAAAUGACAGAAUGGUGCCUACUUUGAUGGCAGAGUAUAAUGAACUUGUAAGGAUAUUUGAUUUGUUAAUUCAGAUACUUAAUGACUGCUUUAUGCAACAUAUUGUCACAUGUUGUGGUGUGUCACACGACAAAUAAAUAUACAUGGGUCUCGGAUUCAGCGAAUCUUUAUUGGUCGUUCACUCUUACACACCUUACAAUCAUCACCACUUGCUGUAUUACAAUGACUGCUUACAAUAUCUCGGCCAGUACAUCUGUAUCUCUCGGCAUCUACCGCGAGACUGUCUCCUUUGACAAUUAAUUCCAGACUACUUCUUCGGCGACUAAUACCAGACUCUUAUCGAAUGUAUUGCCUACUUAUAUGUCUGCGGCCGUUGCUAUGCAUUGGACCGUCUAUUCCAGUGUUUCCAUAGAAGUGACUCUUCUGGAUUCCAAACACAUUACAAUAUGAUUAGUAUAGCAUUGUGAUGGCUACAUGUUUCCUGUAAGGCUUACAGUGGGAGCAACGUAUAUACAUGUUACAUAAUACACAACAUUAAUAUAUCAGCGAGGUUUCACAAAGAUGGCAAGGAGUGGGAAUGCAAAGUUAGAACUUCAAAAAGUUAUUUUCCAUGAAGUCUAUUACAUACACAAUUAUAGGAGCCCUUCACAGACCAGAAUUGUUUAUGAAAUAUUAUUCUAGAUAGGGAUUUCUCUGAAGAAGUGGGUAAUUUUUAUUUUGAUUUCCAUUUUAAACAGAGGUCUAGAGAAGCCUUGCUGGAAGAGAACCAGAAGGACCAUAAAAGUGAUGGCAUGAAGCUGUACGAAGUCACUUGGUUUACAUGACAGAAUGGUGCCUACUUUGAUGGCAGAGUAUAAUUAAAGUGUAUCUUGUAAGGAUAUUUUAUUUGUUAAUUCAGAUACUUAAUUAGUGCUUUAUGUAACAGAUGAUUAGUAUAGCAUUGUGAUGGCUACAUCUUUCCUAUAAGGCUCACAAUGGAAGCAACCCACAGACAUGUUUAACAUAGUGGAAAUAUGUAUUGCAUAUUGGAACAUACAGAGCUUCCAGAGUUGUUUUUAUGAUAAUGUUAUGCUUUCAUCUUUAGGUUUAUCAACACAGUGUGUAUAAACUAAAAUCUCAAGAUCAGUUCUUAAAAGUGUUCUGUUGAUAGUACACUGUUACACUUAAAUUACCAGGUUUAUAGGCUUUGUUCUUUGUUCAGUAUUCAAAAGAGAACGUAUUUCAGAAACUAGAUCUGUUUCCAUCCUUAGGUGAAAAGGUGGGAGGUCACGUUCCUACUCAAAUUAUCCAGUGAUGAAAUUGGCCAUUUAUAAUAAUGUGUAGAUGCCUUCCCACCUUUUUGCCUGAAGAUGGCAACAAAUGCAGCUACACAAAACAUUUGUGUUCUGUUUGGCUUACUAGGCAGUGGGCAAAGCCUAUAAAUUCCGUAAUACCAAGUAAACUCUUAAGAUGGCCAUCUGCAGCAGCUAGAAAUAAUUCUUCCAUUUAUUCAUGCAAGAAUAUUCAUAACUGAAAUACAUAAGUUCUCUUUAUUUAUAUUUAUGUCAGUGCAAAAAGGAAAUACUGUUUUUCAAUUCAUGCAUUAAAAAUUUUAAGUGAAAUGAC